AGACCGUUGGGGGAAGUUCAUUUCUAACAGCAACUAACAGAGCACUCACUCUGUAAACCUUGGCCUCCCAAAGACAGGCACACUUGUUACUAAAAGGAUUAACGAAACUCAGAAAGAAAGAGACUAAAUCAACUGGCAUUAAACCAAGGAUUUAUUUUUAUUAUUUUUUACAAUCACUGUAAUCAUCAUCACCUCCAUCAACUCCACGGUGUACCUACCUACCACUACCGUCGCCAUGGGAAACUCCAAGUCGUCUCAGACUACCCGCAAUAUCAUCAUUGCCUUACUGGCCCUCUGGUCUGUCAUCUCCCUCAUCAUCAUCGUGGUGUGGGCCACCACACCGGACAUGAAGAACAUCAAGGAGUGCCAGGCCAGACUGCAGAAGGUGACUGUGGAGCUGGAGGGGGCCAAGGUGGUGUUUGAAAAGAACAAGGUAGCACUGGAGGAGAUGGUGGAAGAGAGCAGGGCGAAUCUGACCAGGCAGCGCCAAGAGAUAGACCGUCUCCUGGAACGUCUGGGUAAUACCAACACGUCCCUGGAUGAUUGUCGUUUGGAGAACGUAAACUUGAACUUGAACAUCACAGUCUUGGAGAAUGAAAUUGAGAAGCAUAAAGAAAUGGAGGCGAACCUUACUGAUGUAAUCAAGCUACACAAAGACAACAUUGAGAACCUGCAGGAGAACUUGACCCAGGCGUCCCACCAGAUGACGUCAUGCCAGGCGCUGAACUCUGCUGCGGAGAGCCAGAAGCUGGCUGCAGAGAGCCAGACCAAGGCCUGUGAAUCUAGCAAACUGUACAUACAGAAGCAGCUGCUGAAAUGUAGAAAGGAGGCCAAUGGAGAACACUCCGAGUAUGCAGAUGAUGGUUGUGUCACACCAAGGACGAGCAUUCUUGCCCUAGCGGUGGUUCUUUGCACUUGUCUGCAUUUGAUAACAUGAACGCUAUUCAAGUCAUGUAAAAGUGGAACACUGUCCUUCAGGAUACCAUGAAGUAGUCCAUGGGUGGACUUGAAGAACACAAUUUCAUGGACAAAUUCACUGCUGUAAAAAAUACUGUUGGUAAACAGAUGAUUGGAUCUGUAGGCUAUGUGAUGCUAUACUUUCCUCUUUACAAACAUCAAGCUAAGGAUACCAAAAUGGGCUGUUCACGGACUUAUCUUUUGAGUUGUGCUAGUUAGCCAUCACCUUUUUGCUUGAUAUGCCUAUCAUUUGACAAAUGAUGUACCCGCAACAAAGGUUUUCUUGUGCUUUAUAUUUUUUUGUUUUAAUUUUUUAUGUGAAACACUUCAAACAUUCUCUAGCUAGCAAUAUUCCUGUAUUUAUUUGUAUGUGUUUGGAAUGAACUUAUGAAUAAGUAUGCCUGCCCACUUUGACCAUCAGUUACAGCAAAUCUAAAACAUUACCAUAUAGUGUCACAAUGCAAAGUUAGUUUCAAACAGUUGAAUAAAGUGUGUCCAAUUCUUUGUCUGUCAA